AUGGAUUUAAGGGUGAUAAUUUUAGUGUGCGUAUCUUUAACAGGAAUUGUAGCCAAUCCUGUUAAAGAUGAAAAUAAAGUGGGUUGUUUGGUUUGCCAUCCCGUGGUCGAUAAUAAAAUAAAUGUACAUUUGAUACCGCAUUCCCAUGAUGACGUGGGAUGGUUGAAGACAGUAGAUCAGUAUUAUUAUGGCAUGAACACCAAUACCCAACACGCCGGAGUUCAAUAUAUCAUAACAUCAGUGUACGAAGCAUUAUUAGAAAAUCCAGAUAGAAGGUUUAUGCAAGUUGAAACACAAUAUUUCUGGCUAUGGUGGAAACAUCAGAACGAAGAUACAAGAAACAACUACAAAAAAUUGGUAGAGAACGGUCAAAUAGAGAUGGCCAACGGAGCAUGGUCCAUGAACGAUGAAGCUUGUGCCAACUAUCAAUCAACCAUUGAUCAGUUUACUUGGGGUUUAAGGACUUUGAGCGAAACUGUCGGAGACUGUGGAAGACCUAGAGUUGGUUGGCAAAUUGAUCCAUUCGGUCACAGUCGAGAACAGGCAUCACUGUUGUCUCAAUUUGGAUAUGAUGCUAUGAUUUUCGCUAGAUUGGAUCACGAUGAUAAGAUUCACAGAAUGAAGAAUAAAAGCAUGGAUUUUGCUUGGCAGGGAAGCCAAAAUCUAGAUAAUAGUGUUAUUUUUGGAAGCAUAUUUGCAACAGACCUAUACUUUCCACCAAACGGAUUUUGCUGGGACUAUAAUUGUGCGGAUGAUACCAUCGAUGAUGAUCCCAAUAGCCCAUUUUACAAUGUUGAUGACAAAGUCAAAACCUUUACAACACUUGCUAAACGAUAUGCAAACUAUUUUUCUACCAAUAAUAUCAUUAUUCCUAUGGGUGGUGAUUUUCAAUUUGAAGCUGCUGAAAAAAAUUACAACAAUAUGGACAAGUUUAUAAAGGCAUUCGAAGGAAAUUCUGAAAUAAACGUCAUCUAUUCAACGCCAUCUUGUUACAUAAAAGCCGUAAAUGACGCAAUUGAUACAGAGUUGACGCUAAAAACAGAUGAUUUUUUCCCAUACAGUAACGAUAUACAUUCAUUUUGGACUGGAUACUUUACUUCCAGGCCUAAUUCCAAAAGGUUUGAAAGAACUGGCCAUAAUAUUCUUCAAGCUACCAAACAGUUGUUCGCUCAAAAUUCCUUCCUUACUAAUAAAACUUUUGAUGAAAACUUAAGAUAUUUGAGAGAAGUGAUGGGCAUAAUGCAACACCACGAUGCCAUCACUGGCACAGAGAAGCAACAUGUUGCGAAUGACUAUGUUAGAAGACUAACUAGAGGAAUUGAAUAUGCUGAAAAUGGAUUAGGAACAAUUGUCGAUGAAUUACUGGAAAACGAUUUGAAUCUAGAUCUUACCUCAUGUCUUCUGAGCAACAUUAGUAUAUGUACGGUUUCUCAGUCUUCAGAUCAAUUUAUAACAGUUGUUUACAAUCCCUUAGCAUGGGCAAUUACUCACUACGUUAGGCUACCAGUAGAAGAAGGAACAUAUGAAGUAAAUGGAGGUGAUAUACCUCAUGAUGUAAUACCAACUAUUAGCGAUUUUAACUACGUUGUCCUAAACGAAGGUACACCAAGCGCAUAUGAACUAGUAUUUGCAGCUAAAGAACUACCUCCACUGGGUCUUAAAAUUUAUCACGUCAAGAAAACAUCUGAUAAACUAUCAGAAGAUAAAUCAAUCGAUACAUUCAAAUCAAAAGCUUUCAAAAUUGGUAACAACAACCUAUUGGCUUCCGUUACCCUAAAUGGCAAUAACUAUGGUCUUACUCAAAAUUUUAAAUAUUACUAUAGCGAAACUGGAGAACAUGAUCAUACAGAUAUUGCUUCCGGAGCUUAUCUUUUUAGGCCUACUAAGGAAGAACCUGAAUCUCUUGAUAACAUUGAAAUUACUUACAGUAUUAAUGGUAAUGUUGUGGACGAAGUCCAUCAGAGGUGGACUGAAGAUGCUGUGGACAUACUCCAGAUUAUUAGGUGGUACCAUGAUGAGGAUUAUUUGGAAUUUGACUGGAUCGUUGGUAAUAUUGAUGUUAAAAAGGUUCAACAAGGCAAGGAAAUCAUCACCAAAUUUACUGCAACUGAUGAUUAUUUUAACAAUGGUAACAACUUCUAUACAGAUUCAAACGGUAGAGAAAUGUUAAAAAGAACUAGAAACAAUAGACCGGAUUACAGUUAUAACGCAUUUAUUGAGCCUGUUGCUGGAAAUUAUUACCCGGUAACUUCUAAAAUAGUUAUGAAAGAUGAAAAUAAAGACAUAGAAAUUGCUGUAUUGACCGAUAGAUCGCAAGGUGGAUCCAGUUUGAAUACCAACGAAUUAGAAUUGAUGGUACAUAGAAGACUUUUAAAAGAUGACAACAAAGGAGUCGGGGAGAGUUUAAAUGAAGUAGAAUUUAAUAGGGGAAUUUAUGUUAGAGGUUCUCACUAUUUAAUUGCAGGAAAGGCUAGCGGUUUAAAUUCUAAUGGUAUAACAACGGCUGCUUUGGAACGUAUUUUGGCCCAAAAGAAACUGGUCCAGCCCUGGAUAGGGGUCGCUGAAACUGAUCAAUCGUAUGAUGAAUUGAAAAAAGAUGCCAAGUUAACAUAUGAAGGCUUAGAAUCAUCUUUUCCAGAAAAUGUAAAUAUUCUGACUUUUGAACCAUGGACAGAAAAGGAAUAUCUUUUAAGGUUGGAACACAUCAUGGAGAAGAAUGAUGAUGCUAACUUGUCGGAACCAGUUACUGUAGACAUUGCUAAUGCUUUUAAACAUUUUACGAUAGAAAAAAUGACCGAAACUACUUUAGGAGCUAACGAAUUAUUAGCACAUUACCAGAGAAGAAAAAAGUACACGUGGAAAACUAACAAACCUCAAGUUUCUAAAACAUCGGUAACAGACGAAGCUGAUGAUGAUACUGUAGCACCUAUCUCACUCAAACCCAUGCAGAUUAGGACAUUUAUUGUUAAAUUAACGAACAAGCAAGAUAUUCCAGUAGAUGAUUUUGGAGUCAUGAUGAAACCAGCAACGUCGGUAAUAAUGUUAAUAGCUAUCAUAGCAUAUCUUUUUUAA